GGCGAGGUGGCCACAGAGCUCCAGGACUUGCAGGACGCCAAGGGACGUCUUCAGGGAGAGCUCGAUAGAACAAAGCAGCGUUGGAACCAGGGCCAAACCACCCACCGUGUGUCGGAGCGUCCAGCAGGGCUGCGCGAUGACGUUGAGGCGGUGCAGAGCGAUAUCGAAGCUGCCGCAGCCACACAUCGGCGGCUGAAGCUUCGCAUCGGAAAGGCCGUGGACCAGAAAAACUCCUUUCUGGAGCUGACCAACUGUGGCUUCGUGGAGGACGAGGCCGCUUUCCAAUCGACCGAGGCGCAUGCACUUGUCGAAGACGCCUACGGCGACCUCAAGAUUAUGUCCAUGGCCCCGGCUGCAGCUGAACUGCUUUUGCCCGCACAG